AUGGAAGAGUAUACAUUAUGCUCUUCGAGUACUGAGCAGGGCGAAAUACCAAUCAUUCAUGUCAAGAGAUUCAAGGAAGAGCCUCCGCUGUUUCCAAGGACUAAGUCGCAGCUGCAGUACAUGUACUUGCCAAACAAGCCUUUGUUUGUGGGGCCGAAUACCAUACCAAGGUCCUGUGACUACCAGGUAAAUGUGCUCACGACAAAGCUUAAAAAGAGGCUCAAGCACGACCUUCCCUAUCCAUUUCUUUGCCUUUCAAUGAACUUGGACAAGACGUUUUUUGAAGGAAAGUUUAUUUUUGUGUCUGAGGCCCAGGAAACAGAUGAUGCAAAUGAUCUAUUGCUGGUUAGAACUAAAGAAAGGAUAAUACAUAUUAAGGAAGAGGCUGGCCCGAAUACCGAAGGAAGAAAUGAAAUAAGACUGGAGCAUAUAAAGGAUAAGCAGCACGAUAUGUAUAAGGAUGCUUGUCAGGACUUCGUGGCAGGAAAGCUGCUUGAAGAUACUGAGGAAAGAAAAGUAAAUGUGAUCAUUAGGGACUCAACUAUUAACAGUCUUUUGAAGAAAGAGGUAUACACGCACUUUUACGUAAAGAAAGAGAAUGGCAAGUUGUACGUAGUUUUUGACGAGGUAUAUACAAGAGAAAUUAAAUACUAUGAUUACCUUACCAAGUAUGGAGAGGAGGUCAUAAGGUCCCUAAAGUCUUCGGAGACUAGAGUGUAUUGCGGUGGAGAGGCUACUGUUGUUGUAUAUUCAUCAACACUUUUCUACAGCUCUUCUGGGAUCCAAAGGUUGUUUGGAGGAAUUGAUGUAGAGAAGUCUGUCGAUGUCGUUGUAAACAUCGAAGAUGUAAGAGCUGUAAAAAGCUCAGGCGCUAUUGGAAAUGAGGUGAAGGUGAUUCUGGGGAUCAGACUCGAGGAAGGCGAAUAUGUUUUCAACAAUGGGAAAAUAUACGCAGCAAGUCCAGACGGUGAGAGAUUUGCAUUUGAUGGUGUUGUGUUUACUGAUUUCAUGGAUAACCCGGAGCCUUCAAGCGAUUAA